UAACCGCCGCGGUGGAGCGCGAGAGCCGCUGAGGGGCAAGAACAGCCACCCUGUCCCCGCCCCGGCAGGGAAGGCUCCCGGGGGCCAGCGGGGAUGUGGUGAGAGGGAGGCGCCCGGAGUCGGAGGGCAGCCUCGCCUCGGAGCCCGCGCUCCGCCGCCCCAGGGAAAGAGAGGAUCUCUCACCCAUUUCUAAGUGGAAGUUCAGGAGGAAAUGUAAUAUGGAUUUUUGGCACAUGGAGGAAGGCGAUCAUCACUUAGAAAUUUAACUCAAUUUCACAUUUCAAGAUUUUGGGGUGCACAGAGCAGAAUAGUGCAGCCAUGUUUCGAAACAGUCUCAAGAUGCUUCUUACAGGUGGGAAAUCAAACCGCAAAAACAGGUCCAGUGAUGGAGGGAGCGAGGAACCACCAGACCGAAGACAGGCAAGUGUAGACUCCCGCCAGAGCCGAUCUGGGCAAGGCACCUCCACAGAGAACGACUGUGCUUUUGAACCAGACUACGCUAUUCCACCACUCCCAGUGACCGAAGGUAUGCAGCACAUUCGGAUUAUGGAGGGCAUGUCUCGCUCUCUUCCAUCCUCCCCCUUACUCACACAUCAGUCUAUCAGUGUUCGGCUCCAACCUGUGAAGAAAUUAACUGCCCCCCUGAGGAAGGCAAAGUUUGUUGAGAGCCCUCGAAUCCCAGAGUCUGAGCUUGGCUCACCAACGCUCACUUCAGCACAGAAACUGGACGUUGAUGCAUACUGCCCUGGUGAAGCUGAGCAGGAGCUGGGACCCCCUCCAUCCGUAGAUGAGGCAGCAAACACACUCAUGACUCGCCUGGGCUUCCUCCUUGGCGAGAAAGUCACAGAGGUACAGCCGGGGCCCCAGUACAGCAUGGAGGUGCAGGAUGAGAAUCAGACUUCAGCAGUAACACAGCGGAUAAGUCCCUGCUCCACGCUGACCAGCAGCACUGCCUCACCACCAGCCAGUAGUCCCUGCUCCACCCUCCCUCCAGUCAGUACAAAUGUUACAGCCAAGGAUUGCAACUAUGGGGCUGUUACCAGCCCUACAUCCACUCUGGAAAGCAGAGAUAGUGGUAUCAUAGCAACUUUGACAAGCUAUUCUGAAAACAUGGAGCGCACUAAAUAUGGAGGGGAGAGCAGCAAAGAACUAGGAUCUGGAGGAAACCUGAAACCUUGGCAGUCUCAGAAAUCCAGCAUGGACUCCUGUUUAUAUCGCGUAGAUGAAAAUAUGACCGCCUCCACCUACAGUUUAAACAAGAUCCCAGAAAGGAACCUAGAGACGGUUUUAUCCCAGUCUGUGCAGUCUAUUCCACUUUACCUUAUGCCACGGCCAAAUUCAGUAGCAGCCACCAGCUCAGCCCACUUAGAGGAUCUAGCUUACCUGGAUGAGCAGAGACAUACUCCCCUACGUACGUCCCUCCGAAUGCCUCGGCAGAGCAUGGCAGGUGCCCGCAUACAACAAGACCUAAGAGUACGCUUUGCACCUUAUAGACCUCCGGACAUCUCCCUGAAACCACUACUCUUUGAGGUGCCAAGCAUCACCACAGAGUCUGUGUUUGUCGGACGGGACUGGGUGUUCCAUGAGAUAGAUGCACAGUUGCAGAGUGCCAAUGCCAGUGUGAACAGAGGGGUGGUGAUCGUUGGGAACAUUGGCUUUGGUAAAACUGCCAUUAUCUCCAGACUGGUUGCUCUCAGCUGCCAUGGCACACGAAUGAGACAAAUUGCCUCUGAUAGCCCACAUGCCUCCCCAAAACAUGUGGAUGCAAAUAGAGAGCUACCCCUAACACAGCCACCUUCUGCUCACUCGUCAAUCACGAGUGGAAGCUGCCCUGGAACGCCUGAAAUGCGCAGACGCCAAGAAGAGGCCAUGCGGAGACUCGCCGCGCAGGUUGUCGCUUAUCAUUACUGCCAGGCCGAUAAUGCCUACACCUGUCUUGUGCCCGAGUUUGUACACAACGUGGCAGCACUGCUCUGCCGCUCGCCACAGUUUGUCGCCUACAGGGAGCAGCUGCUGCGGGAACCACAUUUACAGAGCAUGCUCAGCUUGAGAUCCUGUGUUCAGGAUCCCAUGGCCUCCUUCCGGAGGGGAGUCCUAGAGCCCUUGGAAAAUCUUCAUAAAGAGAGGAAGAUUCCAGAUGAAGAUUACAUCAUAUUAAUUGAUGGUUUAAAUGAAGCUGAAUUUCACAAGCCAGAUUAUGGGGACACCAUAGUAUCAUUCUUGAGCAAAAUGAUUGGAAAAUUCCCAUCCUGGCUGAAGUUGAUAGUGACGGUCAGGACAAGUCUACAGGAAAUAAUUAAGUUGUUGCCCUUCCAUAGGAUAUUUUUGGAUAGACUGGAAGAGAACGAAGCCAUAGAUCAGGACCUCCAGGCAUAUAUCCUUCAUCGAAUACACAGCAGCUCUGAGAUCCAGAACAACAUCUCCCUUAAUGGCAAAAUGGACAACACUACAUUUGGCAAACUCAGUUCUCACCUCAAGACCUUGAGCCAAGGGUCCUAUCUAUACCUAAAGCUCACUUUUGAUCUCAUAGAGAAGGGCUACCUGGUACUAAAGAGCUCCAGCUAUAAAGUAGUCCCAGUCUCUCUCUCAGAGGUUUACCUAUUGCAGUGCAAUAUGAAGUUCCCAACACAGUCUUCCUUUGAUCGGGUUAUGCCUCUCUUGAAUGUGGCAGUGGCAUCUCUGCAUCCAUUAACAGAUGAACAUAUUUUUCAGGCCAUUAAUGCUGGUAGCAUUGAGGGCACACUGGAAUGGGAUGACUUUCAGCAGAGGAUGGAGAACCUCUCCAUGUUUCUUAUCAAGCGUAGAGACAUGACACGAAUGUUUGUUCAUCCGUCUUUUCGAGAAUGGCUUAUCUGGAGAGAGGAAGGAGAAAAGACCAAGUUUCUUUGUGAUCCUCGGAGUGGCCACACGCUGCUUGCCUUCUGGUUUUCUCGUCAGGAUGGGAAGCUAAACCGACAACAGACUAUUGAGCUGGGACAUCACAUUCUCAAAGCACACAUUUUUAAGGGGCUGAGUAAAAAAGUAGGGGUAUCCUCGUCUAUCCUGCAAGGGCUUUGGAUCUCCUACAGCACAGAAGGUCUUUCAAUGGCAUUGGCAUCUCUGCGAAACCUCUACACCCCUAACAUAAAGGUCAGUCGGUUGCUAAUUUUGGGAGGUGCAAAUGUUAACUACCGGACCGAAGUUCUGAACAAUGCCCCAAUUUUAUGUGUCCAGUCUCACCUUGGUUACACAGAGAUGGUGGCUUUGUUGUUGGAGUUUGGGGCCAACGUAGAUGCCUCUUCUGAAAGUGGCCUGACUCCUCUUGGAUAUGCUGCUGCGGCUGGAUAUCUGAGCAUUGUUAUGCUACUGUGCAAGAAACGGGCCCAGGUGGAUCACUUGGACAAAAAUGGUCAGUGUGCCCUGGUUCAUGCGGCUCUCAGAGGUCACCUGGAGGUAGUGAAGUUCUUGAUUCAAUGUGACUGGACAAUGGCUGGGCAACAGCAGGGGGUAUUUAAGAAGAGCCAUGCGAUACAACAGGCACUGAUUGCAGCAGCCAGCAUGGGCUACACUGAGAUUGUCUCCUACCUGCUCGAUCUUCCAGAAAAAGAUGAAGAGGAGGUGGAGCGAGCACAGAUCAACAGCUUUGACAGCCUGUGGGGAGAGACAGCUCUGACAGCUGCUGCAGGACGGGGCAAGCUGGAAGUAUGUCGUCUGCUUCUAGAGCAAGGAGCAGCAGUGGCCCAGCCAAAUCGACGUGGGGUGGUGCCAUUGUUCAGUGCAGUGAGACAAGGCCACUGGCAGAUUGUAGAUCUCUUACUCACCCACGGCGCUGAUGUAAACAUGGCAGACAAGCAGGGUCGGACUCCUUUGAUGAUGGCUGCUUCUGAGGGACAUCUAGGCACCGUGGAAUUCUUACUUGCACAAGGUGGGUCCAUUUCCCUAAUGGACAAAGAAGGACUGACUGCCCUUAGCUGGGCUUGUCUGAAGGGCCAUCUUUCUGUGGUGCGUUCCCUGGUAGAGAAUGGAGCUGCCACAGACCACGCUGACAAAAAUGGACGCACUCCCCUGGACCUGGCAGCUUUUUAUGGUGAUGCAGAGGUGGUUCAGUUUCUGGUGGACCAUGGUGCCAUGAUCGAGCAUGUUGACUACAGCGGGAUGCGCCCACUCGACAGGGCUGUGGGGUGUCGCAACACUUCCGUCGUGGUCACUCUUCUGAAAAAAGGAGCGAAGAUAGGUCCAGCAACCUGGGCGAUGGCCACCUCCAAACCAGACAUCAUGAUCAUCCUGUUGAGCAAGCUGAUGGAGGAGGGGGACAUGUUCUAUAAGAAAGGUAAAGUGAAGGAAGCUGCACAGCGCUACCAGUACGCAUUGAAGAAAUUCCCCAGAGAAGGGUUUGGAGAAGACCUGAAAACCUUCCGGGAGCUGAAGGUGUCACUCCUCCUCAACCUCUCCCGAUGUCGAAGGAAAAUGAAUGAUUUUGGAAUGGCGGAGGAAUUUGCCACUAAAGCACUGGAGCUGAAACCGAAAUCUUAUGAAGCUUACUAUGCAAGAGCAAGGGCCAAACGCAGCAGCAGCAGGCAGUUUUCAGCAGCCCUGGAGGAUCUGAACGAGGCCAUCAAGCUGUGUCCGAACAAUCGUGAGAUCCAGCGGCUGCUGCUGAGAGUGGAGGAGGAAUGUAGACAGAUGCAACAGCAGCAGCAGCAGCCCCCAGCGGAGCCAGAACCUGAAGCUCAGCACGAAGAACUGUACUCUGUGCAAGAUCUCUUUGAAGAGGAGUAUCUUGAGCAGGAUGUAGAAAAUGUUUCCAUUGGCUUACAGACAGAGUCGAGGCCCAGCCAAGGGCUUCCCAUCAUCCAGAGCCCACCCCCUUCCCCUGCUCACCGGGAUUCAGCCUAUAUUUCGGGUUCGCCUCUUGGGUCACAUCAAGUUUUUGACUUCAGAUCCAGUAGUUCUGUGGGUUCACCAACAAGACAAGGGUACCAGUCCACCUCUCCUGCUUUGUCUCCAACACACCAGAACAAUCAUUACAGACCUAGUCCGCCACAUACUUCCCCUGCUCACCAAGGUUCCUCUUACCGCUUCAGUCCACCUCCAGUUGGAGGUCAAGGGAAAGAAUAUCAAAGUCCACCACCUUCACCCCUCCGUAGAGGUCCUCAGUAUCGAGCCAGCCCUCCUGCAGAAAGUAUAAGUGUCUAUAGGUCCCAGUCUGGCUCCCCAGUACGUUACCAGCAAGAACCUAGUGUUAGUCAACUCCCUGGUAGACCAAAGUCUCCGUUAUCCAAAAUGACACAGAGGUCCUUCCAGAUUCCCCAGCUUCCUGUUGCAGUCCCACAGCAAGGGCACAGGCUACAGCCAGCCAAGGCACAGAUCGUAAGAAGCAACCAGCCGAGCUCUGCCGUGCAUUCUAGUACUGUGAUUCCAACUGGUGCUUACAGCCAAGUCGCCCAUUCUAUGGCCAGCAAAUACCAGUCUGCAUCAGGGGAAAUGGGAGUUGGUCAGAGUAGGUUGGUCUACCAAGGUUCAAUUAGUGGAAUAGUAGGUGAUGGUAGACCAGUGCAACAUGUUCAAGCCAGUCUUAGUGCAGGAGCUAUCUGCCAGCAUGGAGGGCUAACUAAAGAAGAUCUUCCACAGAGGCCUUCCUCAGCAUACAGGGGUGGAAUGAGAUACACUCAGACCCCUCAGAUUGGGCGCAGUCAGUCCGCUUCCUAUUAUCCGGUCUGUCAUUCAAAGCUUGAUCUGGAACGUUCUUCCCUUCCCUCCAGCCAGCUUGGUUCUCCUGAUGUGUCUCACCUAAUCAGAAGGCCCAUUACUAUCAACCCCAACGAAAUAAAGCCUCACCCACCAACUCCAAGACCGCUGCUUCAUUCCCAAAGUGUUGGCCUCAGAUUCUCCCCUUCUAGCAAUAGCAUUUCAUCCACCUCCAACCUGACUCCUACCUUCCGCCCUUCUGCUUCUAUUCAGCAAAUGGAGAUCCCUCUCAAGCCAGCCUAUGACAGAUCAUGUGAUGAACUUUCUCCAGUCUCUCCACCUCAGGGGAGUUACCCCAGUGAACCAGCCCGUUCCAGGACCACGCCAUUCAUGGGAAUUAUAGAUAAAACUGCUCGGACUCAGCAGUACCCCCAUCUCCACCAACAGACCCGGACCUGGGCUGUGUCUUCAGUGGAUACUGUUAUUAGUCCGACAUCUCCUGGAAACCUCCCCCAGCCAGAAUCGUUUAGCCCACCUUCUUCAAUCAGCAACAUUGCCUUUUAUAACAAAACCAACAAUGCACAGAAUGGCCAUUUGCUAGAGGAAGACUAUUACAGCCCCCAUGGGAUGCUAGCCAAUGGGUCCCGGGGAGACCUCCUGGAGAGAGUCAGCCAAGCCUCCUCAUAUCCAGAUGUUAAGGUGGCUAGGACACUGCCCGUUGCACAGGCCUACCAGGACAACCUGUACAGGCAGCUCUCCAGGGACUCUAGACAAGGGCAGACAUCCCCUAUCAAACCAAAGAGACCGUUUGUGGAGUCUAAUGUGUAAAAGACACUUGUUGGAGUAAGACCCUUAUGUUUUCAGCACACGUUUCCAGGCUUGAUUCCCACCUAUAUUUUUAUUAUUACUAUUAUUUCUCUUUGGUAGCUACAUGAGCAAGUUUCUCUGGUAAUUUCUGUGUGGUGAUCAGACAGCCAUGCACGCACUCAGAAUCUUUUGGUAUCCAGCUGACGGUGAAGCCAACAUCAAACAAGCCAGUAUUGUUUGCCCAAUUCAGACUGAGUUCCCUCCCAGGUUUCAGCUGUCAAUCAGGAUAUGUUAGUACCCAUGGAGUGGAUUAACCCAGAUCGGUCCCCUGUGGGAGGUAACCAGCUCUUUGCAAGCGUUCAUGUUCAAAUCUAAUUGGUUUCUUUGGUUUUAAGGAGCUCUCAUGUAAAAUGCUUAUGAAAAUUCCUAGUGGAAACUGGCUAAGAAUUGGCAGCCUUUUCAAAAUAUGCAUUAUCCGGUAUUCCCCUAGACAACCAGAGCCUUCCUCUUCCCACUUGUCUCUUGCCCACAAAGAGCUCAUUACCUGCACCAAAUGGGGCUUUAUUUGCUUUUACUAACAAGUAGCUAUGCAUAAUAACCGACGUGCUCGAGCUGGUUUUAUAGCAUUUUAAUCUGAAUUGGAUUGUUUGUUGUUUUUAAUAACGUAGCCUCUCCCAGUGAGUGGGGACCAUAAGAUGCUUUGCUUCUUUGACAGCUGCGUUCCAAAUGCCACAGUAUUGAUUUACGCUGAGGCGUUUUAAAAAUAUUUAGAGAGCAAUCAAACUCUGCCCCUUUUGUGAAUUUUAAUCGGCCAAAGGAAUUGGCUAGAAACCUCUUGUGCAUUUUGUAAGCAGAAUUAACCACAAUCUUUUCUUCACACCUCCAGCAGAUGAUUGCAUCUCACACACACCACCACGUUUUCACCAGGACAGUUUAAUGGGUUUUCAUUUUGCUCACAAGGAAAAUUUGAAUAGGAAAACCUUAACGGAGGAAGAAAUCUUAAAUCUUUUUUUUUGAUCAUGCUGCAUAACGUGACAUGGAGGUUUCCAAGCCAGAAAGUGUCCAAGGAGUCACUUGAGUAAAGUCCUUCUGAACACACAGCCUUGCCUUGCCAUUUCCUUUGUGUUUGCACCUACUCUUUGGAAGCUGCGUGCGGUAGUGAGGGGCUGCCCUCCUCUAAGGGAUUAAUGAGUAAAAUGUGUGUCUCUUAGAGCUGCAAGAUUUGUUCCUGGAAUUUUGGAAGGCGGUUGCUGUGUUCCAUACCUGUAAAUGUUAGAGACAAUGUUUGGCUCUUUAAGGACCUGUAGUUAAGAGAGAGAUAUUUAUAAUUAAUUUAUGUGAUCGAUUUCAGGAAAAUGUUUUUGUUUUGGUCUGGUUUCUUUCUUUUUUUCUUUCCAAUCAGAUGCUACUAGUGUUGAGUCAGUGUGAAAAGCAGGGGACAUUUCCGAAAACCAUUUUUACAGAACUGUCCAAGCAUUUUCCGGAGUUUUGUUUGCGUAGAGGGAGCUUUCUUUGCAUCGGUUUAAUUGAUUGUUGGUUACGUUUUUAAGCAGCCUUUUCAGUAACUGAGGGCAAACAGCCAGGUGGACGGGAGGAGCAGUAAUAUUGUAGCUUGUUUUAAAGCAAAACAGUGCCUGUUGCCCAGUAUUGCAUCUCACGUCAAUUCUUCAAAAGGGAAUUGGUCCUUAGAAAGCGUUAACGCUGUUUGUUUCCAAAGGGCUACGUGAAUCUAGUCAUACAAGGAAACAUUCAUUGAACCAAAUUAAGGGCAGAUCCUCAGCUAGUGUAAAUUGGUGUCACUCCGUUGUGACCGCAACACAGCUACGAUGUUUUAAACCAGUUGAGGAUCCAGCCCUAAAACUCUUAGCAAACCCUGGCUUCGAUGAGCUUUUCACUUGUGUGGAGCUGUCAAGUGAGCAGCACCAUUUGUUGUCAUUUCACUUCUUAGACCAAACUGAGUGGCGCCACCCUCGGGACAGAUCAGGUGUGUGUCUCACUGACAGAUGGAAAGUACUCUUGAUUUUGCCUCUGUGUUCUUUGGGGAUUACGUUUCUUCCACGCGGAUAUUUGUGGGACACUUUUAUAUUUCUCCGAGACAGUCUUUGUAUUGGAGGUUUGUUUUUUUCCCCAAGGGGCAAGAAGGUGCAAGUCAGAAUUUUCUCCCUUUGCUUUACGACAGGGAUCUCUCCCAGUUACCUGUGCCUCCUUCCCAACACAUUCAGGCUGGGCCACGAGGAAAGGAAGCUGCAUGCACUAUUUCUGUCAUUGAAAAGGAACUGACCAGUAUUGUUUCUCUCUUUUUUAAAGUGUGUUCUACCUUAUAAGGAGCAACUGAUUGUUUGACUCUCCCAACAGUGCACCAACCUAGCUAGAUUGUGUCCAUUGAUUUUUUUUUAAUAGCAUCUUGUUUUUGUUCAAAGCCCCGUCUUUCCUGAACAAAUGAAUGGCUUUUUAGCAUCAGUCGUUUCUUCUGAAAGGAAAAAGUAAUCAAAUUUCACCCCGUCCCUUUUUGAUAUACAGUUCAGUGAACCAUGCUGCUGCCAGAAGCCAGUCAUCUCUAAUCUUAUUGUUAAGAGACUCCAAAGUGGAUGAUCCUUGUCGAAGAUAACGCCAUUGUAAUAUCUCGGAGUGUGCUUUGCUUUGCUAGUCACUGCCAUGUGAGUCCAGUACUGUACUUUAGAAAUGUCCCCUAAAAGCACUUACAUGUACAACUUCGGGUUUAUGAAGAUGUUUUAAGGAGGAAAAAAAACAGCUCACACUUUAACACUAAUACAAAAAUGAAACAACGCUUAAAUACUGUAGCGUGCAGGGUUUUUUUCCACAGUAUCAUGUGUUACAUUUUCACAGGAUUCUUGCACUAAUGGUUUACCAUCUGUUCUCUCUGUAAAUGGGUGCACUUUACUGUUUGAAUUUGUUACUAUGAUAAAUACUGGAUAUUUAA